CAUCUCGCGAGACCAAGGUUUAUGAGUGGCUAUCUGCCGGUUAGGCCUUGCAGGAAAGAUGGAGUAUCCCGCGUUGGGCACCGUGGAGGCCGCGGACAGUGGAGGGGCCCGGCCAUACAACAACUCCGAGGAGCGAGAAGGACGGGAACCGGACGGGCUGAGCUUCGACCGCGAGAGGGGGCGCCGCCUGUGGGAAGCAGUGUCCGGGGCCCAACCAGUGGGGAGGGAGGAAGUGGAGCACAUGAUCCAGAAGAACCAGUGUCUCUUUACCAAUACCCAGUGUAAGGUUUGCUGCGCCUUGCUCAUUUCUGAGUCCCAGAAGCUGGCACACUACCAGAGCAAAAAACAUGCCAACAAAGUGAAGAGAUACCUAGCAAUCCAUGGAAUGGAGACAUUAAAAGGGGAAACGAAGAAGCUAGACUCAGAUCAGAAGAGCAGCAGAAGCAAAGACAAGAACCAGUGCUGCCCCAUCUGUAACAUGACCUUUUCCUCCCCUGUCGUGGCCCAGUCGCACUACCUGGGGAAGACCCACGCAAAGAACUUAAAGCUGAAGCAGCAAUCCACUAAGGUGGAAGCUCUGUCGAAACGCCUUACAAACCCUUUCCUUGUGGCCUCCACCUUAGCCUUGCACCAGAAUAGAGAGAUGAUAGACCCAGACAAGUUCUGCAGCCUCUGCCAUGCGACUUUCAACGACCCUGUCAUGGCUCAACAACAUUAUGUGGGCAAGAAACACAGGAAACAGGAAACCAAGCUCAAACUCAUGGCACACUAUGGGCGGCUGGCAGACCCUGCUGUCACUGACUCAUCAGCUGGGAAGGGCUACCCCUGCAAGACGUGUAAGAUAGUACUGAACUCCAUAGAACAGUAUCAAGCUCAUGUCAGCGGCUUCAAACACAAGAACCAGUCACCAAAAACAAUGGCAUCACCCCUGGGCCAGAUUCCAGUGCAAAGGCAGACCAUUCAGAAAGACUCAGCCACGUUGGAAGACUAGAGAUGUUUCUGUCUGGCAUCCCAGGUUGAACCAGCCAUGAGCCAGCUUCCCGUGACCAUGGUCAGCCCUUGGCUCCCUCUUCCUCGUUUCUUAUACCUGGAGAACAUGUAGGCCUAAGGCAGGAGUGGGCCACAGGUAGCCUCUGAUUGGUCCAGGGAAAUCCACCCCUGCUUUUCCCCUUUGGAGUGGGCCCUGUAGGUCAGGACAAGAGAAGGGGGUGAAUCCUGAGAGGACUUGGGGCCUCACAGGGUAGUAGUUUGGAGGAUGGCCUUUCCCCUUCCCCAGCCUCUUUGGGCCAUAUGUCAUGAGCCCCAGGCCUGUCUUUCCUCUGCAGGUCAGUUUUGAACCGGUCUCUGCAGCUAAAGAACUGAGCUCUCCCUGGGCUCUAGGCAGCUCCAGUGAAACCUGGCGCUUUCACACCAGACCUUGGCCUAGGUGGGAAAGGGUAGAUGGAAAUGGCUGCUCCAUGGACGCUUUGAGCUAAUAUGACACUCCCCUUUUCGCCAAAAAGUACAGGCUUUCCCGAGCCUGCGACCAGAUGCUGGCCAGUUAGACAGCUUUCUGCCCACUGUGCAGUUUCCUCCUGGAGCAGUGAUACAGUCCUGGCAGAGCAGUGCUGUCCUUCCUGCCCCUUCUCCACAGUCCCUGAAUGGUGCUAAGGAUCUGCAGCCGCUGGGGAAAAGCUAGAGCUGGAGGAGGCCUCAGUACCCUGUGGGGUCAUGGAAAGCUCCGGGGGGGGGCUUUCCCCUCCUCUGUCGGAGAGGUGCUCUGACCCAGGGGCGUGUGGGCAAGUCCCCACAUGCAAAGUCCUUUGAUGGUUCUGUGCCAUGAAGGCAAACCGCCUCGUGCCAGCCCAGCUCUGAGGUGCGUUGCUGCUCCUGGCUCCCUAGCCCUCUCCUUCUCCUCAGGCAGCAGACCACCUGCCCAGGUUGCUGUGGUGCUAGCCCUCUCCCAUCAUCCACCAGGAGAUUCCUGGGUACCAGGGAACAGGAUAGGACCCCCAGGGAAAGAAAAGAGAGCUGGUACAGGUUUCUGCAAUGAGGAAAAAGAUGUUUCCCAGGCCCCAAGCUUCGAUUUCUCCAGCUCUGCUGUGUUUUAUAGCCGAGGACUUCACUGGGAGUGGAUUUUUCCUUGUAGCUUUCAAGUAGGAAUUCCAAGGAGUGUCACCAUCAUAGGCCCCUCUUCAUUGAGUCAGAGAAGCCCCUAGCUGCUCUCAUGGCCCCGUCCCCCGAUUGCCUGUCCCUUUGCCUGUGAAAUGCCUUUACGUAUUGUGUAUGGGUGUGUGUGCGUGUGCUUAUGCUCUGUCUCUUGGUCACUGAAGCAUCUAAAUAAAGAAUUUCUCCCAUGAGCCAGACUGCAACUUAACAGACCUGGGAUUUGGUGCCAGAUUGCCGUUGGAUCUAAUAUGUGUGUCAUGACCGCUUACCCUCACCCCUCUCAGACUCCCAGGGCUCUAAAUACUGAUCUUAAGAGGUGGCACAGAGAUAAACAUCUAAAUUGCUUGGCAACCUUGUUGAAGCCUUCCCAGGUGCCCUAAACUUAAUACCACCUCAUCCACUCAUCUACUUCCUCCUGUCACUGAGGGCUUUAUGGAGGUCUUUAGGGGGGUUAAGCUGAGAAUCUACGUUGUUUGAGAGGAUCAUUCUGGCUGUUCGGUGGAGAAGAGAUGCAGGGGAGCAGGACAGGAGACAGACGGGGAAGCCAAAAUGGAGGCUGUGUCCAGUAUGGCUCUCUCCAGGCUAAUCCCUUCAGGGCUGAGACCUAGCCUCUUUCAUCUCUACUUCUCUAAUGUGGAGUGGUGUGUCAUGAAGUGUUUGUUGAAUGAAUGAAUGUAUGAAUGAAUGAGGGUGUAUAAGGAAAGAUGGCCUUUCCCUACACAGCUCUUACUCGGCACUAGGUUUGUUCCAUCAACUUAUAGGCCUAGAGAUUCUUGCAGGAAGCUUUUCUAUGACCCAGAAAUGAGCUAGGGAAGGAGUGAGUGUGAUGGCCUCAGGAGCCCUUUGUCCAAUGUUUGUCUCAGACAGCCAGAUCUGAGAAGGGUACCCAGGCAGCCUCAGCCCCCAUUCUUCACUCAGCAAACUGUUCUUGGCACCUGCUGUUGACAAGCUGGGAAGGGCCCUACGCGGCCCCCAUGGUGGGUUCCCAGCUCUCAGCAUUCAAAGCCCAGGACUGUCCCAGCAGUUUCCCUGGAGUCCUUCUUACCUUAUCCAGGGUGUCAGAAUCAGCCUCAUCUAUCAGGCAAGGAAAUGAAGGGCAGAAGGGUGGGUGGGCUGCCAGAGCAUGAGCCCUUGGCGCAUAAGACCUCUUAGUCUGGAUUCAGGAGUCUCUGCUAGCCGUGUGCCCAGCCCUGUUGGCAAGAGGGCACAGGGAUGAACAUUUUCUUGCCAUUGGGGAGCUCACACACUAUAAAGAUCAUUAUGGCAAUGGUCAGAGGAUCAUAAAGGGUGCAUUGAGAAUGCCCAGAUGUGGGCACUAACUCACCUAAGGGUAUGAAAAAGCUGGAGAAGUUGGGAAACUUGCAUUUGAUCUGCAUAACAGCCUUUUGAACUAGGUAAUGAUAUUCCAUUUUAUAAAAAAGACUCAAAGAGGUAUAGUAUUUUGCCCAAGGUCCUGCCACUAAGAAGCAACAAAAUGGAGAGUGGAAUCCAGUUCUCUAGAUUGCUAGUCUGGAACCCUUUCCAAGCAAGGACCAGAAUCCUUCCCACAGGACCCCUGGGCCUGUGCCACGCACCUUCUGGCAGGACUAUGGUCUUACAGGGCAAGCAACCAUAAAAUAGAUUGGACAAGGCUCAGUGGUUAUUUUAUAUUCCAAGCCCCCCCAUACUUCUCAUAAUUUUACCCAAGAUUUCCAGUGUAUUAGACUCCAGUUAUAACUGUAAUAAACUGAAAUCAAAAUGAUUAGCUAAAAAGGAAAAUUUAUUGAUUAACCAAAUGAAAAAUUUCGGUACAGGGAUGGCUAGAUCCAGGUUCUGACACAGUGUCUUCAGGAAGAAUUUAAUCUCACUCUGCUUUCCUCUGUGUGGCCUCUUUCUCAGGCGGACUCUCCAGAAGGUAGCAAGAUGGCCACUGGCAGCUCCAGGCUUGUAUCCUGAUAGAUAGGCAACUACAGUACAGAAAAAACAUCUUUUCUUACUAGUUCCAAGAAAAAAUUCUGGAUUGAUUCAUUAGCCAGCUUGGCCCUGUUCCGAUUCCUAAACCAAUCACUGCAACUAGGGGAAAUGGUGCCCUUAUUUGGGGCCUGGGAAAGAAGGAGCUCCACCUGAAACACAUUGACUGGAAGAGAAAAGAAAGUGUGGGGCUCCUUCCAGACUAAGGGAGAAGAGUGGAUGGGGGUGGGCAAAAAUAACUGCUUUAAGCCAUACCCAGAAAUUGUCUUUAUUUAAAUACCACUUUUCCCUUACUUCUGAGCUACAUUUCGUAAUGUGCUCUAAUUUUUCAAGUACAAUUUGAUAAUCCUUACAUAUGUGUGCACAUCUGGGCAGUCACCCUCCAGAUCAAGAUACAGAACAUUGCCAGCUCCCCCAAAGUUUCCCUUGUUCCCCUUCCUAGUUAUUAUCUCCCAGAAGUAAACACUGUUUUGACCUCUAUCACCAUAAAUUAGUUUUGCUUGCUCUUGAAUUUUGUAAAAAUGGAAUCACAUCCUCUUUUGCUUAAUAUUAUGUCUGUGAGAUUCAUCCAUGUUUUUGUGUGUGUCAGAAGUUCAUUUUUUUCAUGCUGUGUAGUAGUAGUCCAUUAUAUGAAUACACCACAGUUUAGCCAUUCUGUUGAUGGACAAUUGGGUUAUUUCCAUUUUGAACUAUUAUAAAUAAAGCUCUUAUGAAAAA